AUGGCCAAACAUUUCGUGACGUUAUUGUGGGUGUCGGCGGCGUUGACCGCGACCCUGGCAUUGCCGACCAGCGACAAGGCCAGCGGAAGUGAGAACGAUCUGGUGGCGAGCAUAUACACCGAUUGCCUGAAGAAAGAAUCCAUCAGCUGCAUCAAAUACAAAGUAUUCACAUUUGUCGACAAGAUGCUGGCCGACAAAGAAGACAUCACUCUAUCCGAGGGCAUCACCGUCGUAAAAACGUCCAACGCCGAGGGCGAGGGUGCGCCAAGAUCUAUCGAAUCCAACGAUUUGGAUACGUUAUUGUUUGAUCGUCUUGGAAGAUUCCUGAGGACGCAUUCGGUCAAAGUUGAUCUUAAGGGCAGCGAUAUUUUAGGAGCGAUUGAGUCUGCCGGACGCAGUUUCGAGGACUUUAGCGACAAUGCUGUCGAGAGCCGUGGAAAAAAGAAGAAAGCGCAGAAAAUCUUGGGACCCUUGAUGAUGGCAAUGGCCCUGAAAGCGGCCGCUUUAUUGCCGCUGGCGCUCGGCGCGAUUGCCUUGAUUGCCGGCAAGGCUCUGCUCGUGGGCAAGAUUGCUCUCGUGAUUUCGGCUAUCAUUGGACUGAAGAAACUUCUCUCUCACCAAAAACACGUGACCUACGAGGUAGUGUCGCAUCCGCAUCACAGCAGCAGCCAUGUUAGCCAUGAAGACCAUGGCGGUUACGGCGGCGGCGGCGGCGGCGGCGGUGACUUCGGUGGUGGUUACGGUAGCAGCGGACACGGAUGGGCCAGAAGUCUACCGCAAGAUGCUCAUGAGAUUGCCUAUCGCGCUCACCAACCCCAACCACAAGCUUAA